AUGGAUCCUCGAUGUUUGCGACAGCCAGGAAAGUCAUCUCCCAGAAUGGCAUAUUGGGGCUCUAUCGCGGCUACUCCAUGGGCGCCACUCGAGAAGGCAUAUUCUGCAGCUCGUACAUUGCCAUCAACCCUUCGAUCAAGACUUGGCUGCUGCAAAAGCGACCUGCAUCUUGGCACAACUGUUGGAGGUGCUAAUAAAUCACAAUACCAAUAA